ACCGGAUCUUCUUACCCUUAAAAUAACGACUUUGUCCGAUUGCCAUGCUCUCUGCUCUCACUCUCUCUCCUACAAUUACUAAUUCUAUCUCUUCCUCUGUUCAUUCUCUGUCAUAAUUCUUCCAUUUCUCUCGCUCUCGCUCUCUCUCUCUCCCAAUCCACACCAUACAAUAUAGCCUUCUCUUUCCCUGAAUUCACAAAUCUCAUAAAGAAAUCCAAUCCACUCUUCUCUAUAAAGUUAUAAGAGAGAGAAACCCCCCCCCAUACACUGCAAUUAUUCACUUUUCUUCCCUUUUCUUACUGUAUCAUCCUCCUUUCUAUCCCUUUAUCACACCACCUCUGCAACCUCGUCCUUUCUUAUUCCUCUCUCCUUUUCCCUACAUUAUUUCAUCAUACUUCUCGUUGUUACGCUCGCAGAGUGAUUUCUGGCAGGUUCUGUACACUUUCAAAAUAGCAGAUAGCUGGAGUUUUAAACAAUACAAUUCUGAAUUUUCUGUAAAAAAGUCUGUUAUAAAGGAGGACCUUUGGCAAUGUCUAGCUCAACAAAAGCUUUCGAUCCUGCAUUUCAGGGAGUGGGUCAGAAACUAGGGACUGAAAUUUGGCGAAUUGAGAAUUUUCAGCCUGUUCCACUGCCAAAGUCUGAUUAUGGAAAAUUCUACAUGGGUGAUUCUUACAUUGUUUUGCAGACAUCACCUGGCAAAGGGGGUGCAUAUCUGUAUGACAUACACUUUUGGAUUGGAAAAGAUACAAGUCAGGAUGAAUCUGGGACAGCAGCUAUCAAAACUGUUGAACUAGAUGCAGUUCUUGGAGGACGUGCUGUUCAGCACAGAGAAAUACAAGGCCAUGAAUCUGACAAAUUUCUUUCCUACUUCAAACCUUGUAUCAUACCAUUGGAAGGAGGCGUUGCAUCUGGAUUCAAAACACCUGAGGAAGAAGUUUUUGAAACACGAUUGUAUAUCUGUAAGGGAAAACGUGUUGUCAGAAUGAAGCAGGUUCCUUUUGCUCGCUCUUCACUGAAUCAUGAUGACGUGUUCAUCUUAGAUACUGAGAAAAAGAUCUAUCAGUUCAAUGGUGCAAAUUCCAAUAUCCAGGAAAGGGCCAAGGCAUUGGAAGUAAUUCAGUUUUUGAAGGAAAAGUAUCAUGACGGGAUAUGUGAUGUUGCAAUUGUUGAUGAUGGAAAAUUGGACACUGAGUCAGAUUCCGGUGAAUUUUGGGUUCUCUUUGGUGGUUUUGCUCCAAUUGGAAAAAAGGUUAUUAGUGAAGAUGAUGUUGUCCCAGAGAUGAUGCCUGGUAAACUAUAUAGCAUCAUUGAUGGUGAAGUGAAGGCUGUGGAAGGUCAAUUGUCCAAAGGCCUGUUAGAAAACAACAAAUGCUAUCUACUUGACUGUGGUGCUGAGGUAUUUAUUUGGGUUGGCCGUGUGACACAAGUGGAGGAGAGAAAAGCUGCCAGCAAGGCUGCUGAGGAAUUUAUAGUGAGCCAAAAUAGGCCAAAAGCUACUCGUAUAACCCGUGUUAUUCAAGGAUAUGAGACGCAUUCAUUCAAAUCAAACUUUGGUACCUGGCCAGCUGGGUCAGCUCCUGGCGCUGAAGAGGGAAGAGGAAAAGUUGCAGCUUUGCUGAAGCAACAAGGUGGUGGUGUCAAGGGUGCGGCAAAAAGUGCUCCUGUCAAUGAGGAAGUCCCACCUUUGCUUGAAGGAGGUGGAAAGAUGGAGGUGUGGUGCAUCAAUGAUAGUGCAAAGACUCCAGUGGCCAAGGAAGAUAUUGGUAAAUUUUAUAGUGGAGAUUGCUACAUCAUUCUUUACACCUAUCACUCAGGUGAUAGGAAAGAAGAUUUCCUAUUGUACUGUUGGUUUGGAAAAGAUAGCAUAGAGGAAGACCAGCAAAUGGCUUUUCGGUUGACCAAUACAAUGUCCAACUCCUUGAAAGGAAGACCAGUUCAGGGUCGUAUUUUUCAAGGAAAGGAGCCACCACAAUUCAUUGCACUUUUUCAGCCAAUGGUAGUUCUUAAGGGUGGUUUGAGCUCUGGGUACAAGAAAUACAUACAAGAGAAAGGAGUGACGGAUGAAACUUAUGCGUUAGAUACUGUCGCACUCUUUCGGAUAUCUGGAACUUUAGUUCAUAACAACAAGGCAGUACAAGUAGAUUCGGUGGCAACAUCUUUGAAUUCUACAGAGUGCUUCCUUCUGCAAUCUGGCUCUUCUGUUUUCACAUGGCAUGGGAGUCAAAGUACCUUUGAGCAGCAGCAAUUAGCUGCAAAAAUUGCUGAAUUUUUGAAGCCAGGAGUUACUUUAAAAUAUGCUAAAGAGGGAACAGAAAGUUCAGCAUUCUGGUUUCCACUUGGAGGCAAACAAAGUUACUCCAGCAAAAAAGCUCCCCCAGAAAUUGCCAGAGAUCCUCACCUGUUCACUUUCUCAUUCAAUAAAGGAAAAUUUCAGGUUGAGGAAGUUUACAACUUUUCCCAAGAUGACCUUUUGACUGAGGAUAUUUUGAUACUUGAUACGCAUGCCGAAGUUUUUGCUUGGGUUGGUCAAUCUGUAGACCCCAAAGAAAAGCAGAACACUUUUGACAUUGCCCAGAAAUACAUAGAAAUGGCUGCAUCUCUUGAUGGUUUGGCUCCAAAGGUGCCACUCUACAAGGUUACUGAGGGAAAUGAACCAUCAUUUUUCACAACAUUCUUUUCAUGGGAUUCUACAAAAGCUGUGAUUGCAGGAAACUCAUUCCAAAAGAAGGCAGCACUGCUUUUUGGUGUAGGCCACAAUGCUGCGGAGGACAAGUCCAACGGAAAUCAAGGAGGACAUACUCAAAGGGCUUCUGCUUUAGCUGCAUUAUCUUCUGCUUUUAACCCUUCUUCUGGGAAGUCAUCCCCUAGAAGCCAAGAUAGGUCCAAUGGAGGACCAACACAAAGAGCUUCAGCUUUGGCUGCCUUGAACUCUGCAUUUAGUUCAUCAUCUGGACCCAAAACUCCUUCAAGGACACCAGGUCAGGGAUCUCAAAGAGCUGCAGCUGUAGCUGCUCUGUCGUCAGUUCUUACUGCUGAAAAGAAGAAAACGCCUGAAGGCUCUCCUUCAGCCACUCCUCCCCCAGGAACUAGCCCUCAUGCUGCAGGGAAGAGUGAUAAUUCACUUGCAGAUGAAGUUAAGGAAACUGAGGAAGAUACAUCUGUAUCUGAAGGUAUUGGGGAGGAUUCUGAGCCAAAAGAAGACACGGAGCAGGAUGAUGGAACCACUGACAGUACAUUCAGUUAUGAUCAACUGAAGGUUCAUUCAGAGAAUCCUGUUACUGGAAUUGAUUUUAAACGGAGAGAGGCCUAUCUGUCAGUGGAAGAUUUCGAGACUAUAUUUGGAAUGGCAAAAGCUGAAUUCUAUAAAAUGCCAAAAUGGAAGCAGGACAUUCAGAAGAAGAAAGCUGAUUUAUUUUAGAGAUCGCAUCCAUCAAAACGAAGGCUCUGCUUUCUUAUGCUCUUACACUACUUUAUUCAUUAUCUUCACUCCACUGCUCCCAAAAAAUUGCAGUUUCCUCGGUCCACCUUGCCUGGCUUUGCUUUGUCUAGCAUUUCAGUAAUUUGUUCUUUGAUGAAUCUAUCAGUGAUUAGUAUCCAUAUUGGUUGGGAUUAUUAUGCCUGAAGAUUGAGUUUUGUCCUUGGUCUUUUUUGUUAUAACCUUCUGCUACCUCUUUGUAAUGAUUAGUUUUGCAGGUCCAUAUUCUUUCAUUUGGUCAGUAUUGCAAUCUCACUUGUGAUUUUUUUUUUUUUUUUUCAUUUGCUAAGAGGAAAGGGGGAGGUGCUAUUAUGUAUUUGCUUUUGUACUUGGAACUUCCAAUAUUCAGUAAUGAAAAUUUGUUUGGAAUAAA